AUGGACUACUUUACAAACAUCUGCACGACUGUGCGAUAUCAAUGCAAAAAUCUUUUCCCGUCAACACCUAUGGAAACGCUAGUUGAAUUAAAGGCCAAUAUAAAGAAGAGAUUACUUCCGGCUAUCUAUCGUGUUCUUGCCGAAUUUAUUGUCGGUGAACCAGUAUUGUCAGUCGGCAUAAAGAAUCCAAACGGGCCCUAUCCAUAUUUUGUUCAUAUUCCUACAAUCAAUCUAUAUCAACAAGUUCACUUUGUAAUAAUACUAUCAGAUGAAGAUUUAGAGAGGAUAUUGGAAAUAGAACACGAAAAACCGUUUGAUUUAUCAAUUGAAACAGCUCCGUUGUGGAGAAUGACUGUUGCUGUGCAUUCUAAGCGAAAUUAUGAGAUAUCUGUGUUAUUCUGUUGCCAUCAUUGCUUGAUGGAUAUACCCAGUUUUCUUACGAUAAAUACGCUGUUUUACAGGGCGUUAAAAAACGUAAUGCAUGAUCUGAGUCUUGAGAACACUGAUAGAAGAAGCAAUGAUAAUAUACAUGACCCUGAUACAAACGACAAUACAGAAUUCAGUUUAUUGGGCAACAUACCAUCGACGGUAAACGUUCCGUAUGCUCAGAUUUUUGAGCCAUGGAAUAAAAUAAUCGAUGUCACUCCAACGAUGAAACUAUUAGUGACGGAAACCUUCAAGGCGCUACAUAGCUCCCUUACAAAAUCCAGAUCAAAGUACUAUGCCGGAGACGUUCAUGCAACAAAUCUUAAAAAUUUUCGUAUCAAAUUAAAAAUAAUGUCACUCGAUCCGGAAGAAUUUAAGUCGUUGUCGUUGAUUUCGAAACAGCAAAACUCGACAAUUCAUGCGAUAAUUCAUACGGCCCUUUUAAUCUCGGCUCGUCAUUUUCUCGUGGAUGUGGACAAAGACAAAAAGUUAUCUACUCUGACACCAAUGUCAUUUAGACCGUACGCUAAUCCAGCAAUAGAUGAUGCAGCUGUCGGUUUAUAUGUAACUACGUAUAAUUUUAUGAUCUCGGUGACUAGUCUCAAGUCAAGUUUUUGGGAUAUUACUAAAACUUACGAAUGCAAACUUGCAAAGAAUAUGCAGAGAACAAUUCAAUGCACUGGAUUACGACGAUGUACAAAUAAAUAUGCGAAUCAGGUAAAAGUAAACUCGAUGGGAAGGGAAGCAUCGCUUAUAGUGUCUAAUGCUGAUGUGUGGAUGCCUUUUGAAAGGGAUGAGCCUGCAGACGAUGGAGUAAAAAUACUAGAAAUGUUGAUAUCGCAAUCGACAGCCGUCAUUGCGCCUGCUGUUACGGUCAAUAUAGCAACUUACGAUAACAUUCUCAAAUGCACGUUUGUACAUCAAGAAGGUGCUAUUAGACCUAAAAAAAAGUUGAUUGAUUUUGUUAAUGGGUUCAAAAAGAUACUGGCAGUCGUUGCAAAAAAAGGUGACUGGAACGACGAAUGGAAUUAG